AUGCCGAAAGUACGUCCAAUCAGUCAAGAUGACAAGUCCAAAAGUGUAAAAUGGAAAGUUUCCAACAAUGAUGCGUUAACUGAAGAAAACGAUUUGCUUUGGCAUGGUAAGUUAUCAUAGUUUGACUUUAUAUUAUUUCAAAACAUUCUAAAUUAGUAUUUUUAUUAUUAAAAUUAAGAUUUUUUAGAUUUACCAACGGCCGAAAAAGCGUAUCGUGUAGCCCUAACGACGUUAAAAGUAGCAGCGUUCUUGCUGAUUAUAUUUAGCAUAAUAUGUACUUUUGCAUUAUUAGCUGACGCUUUUCAAUUAAUUGGAGGCACUGGAAUGGGUAAGAUAAUAUUUAUAUAUGUUUUUAUGGGUUUUUAAAACAAAAUAUAUUAGACAUAGUAUACAUUUUUAGGACAAAAACUUAAAAACAGUCCAUUUUUAAGUAAUCAAAUCUCAUCGGCUAUAUUUGGAAUGGUGAUAACUUUGGUUUUACAAAGCGGAUCAACCCUUAUAAGUGUACUGGUGGGAAUGGUGGCUGGAGAUUGUAAGUUCAACAGUUUUAUCACUCCAUUAAUAUUAGGAUUAUGUUAAAAAAAUGUUGGAAUUUACAUUUAAAAACCAAACUAUCUUAUAGAAAUUAAUCGACGUACUGUUUUUAGUGCUCACCGUGCAUCAAGCUAUACCGAUAAUGAUAGGUGCUGAAAUGGGCGCAUCGUUAAUCAAUGCGUUAGUCUCCCUAGGCCAAUCAGGAGAUAGAAACCAGUUUCGCAGAGCAUUUGCUGCUGCUACGAUGAAUGAUGUUUUUAAUUUGAUGAACUUUGUUACGGUACUUCCAUUGGAAAUGACUACAGGUUUUAUGGAAUGGCUCAGCGGUAUUUUAGUUCAACCACUGAGUAAAUUCAAAGGCGGGGAGGUUAAGACAUUACAGUAUCUGACAGAUCCUAUCUUAAAUUUAAUUGUACAGGUUAGUGACAAAUAUAAUCUAUUCUUGCAGAAUAAUACUUAAUUUUGUUUUUUACUUUAGAAAACUUGUAAAAAAUGAUAAUAUUUACAUUUUAGAUUGAUGAAGAUGCAUUGACGCGAGUUACAGCGUUAAGCCGAAGCAACAAAAACGUAACAUACGAUAGGGAUACAUUUAUAUUUCGAUGCGUCGACCUACAAACGAAAGAGGAAUUAGUGUUUUGUAAGUCGUUUUAUGGACAGUAUGUACAGCCGUUGACAAAAGACAGGCAACUUUUUUAUUUUGAAUAUAACUUUUUUAUUAGUUAUUCAAUUGUUAUGAAACAAAGUUUAUUAUGAUUGUUUUGAUACCUAAAAUUAUACAAAAAUGACAAAUUACAUAAAAUAUGUCAGCGUGACAUGUUAUAUAGAAUCAAAAAAUAAAAGGUGGACAAAAAGCAGGCAACUUUUUUAAAUCUUUUGUCAAACUUCAUUAUAAAGGUAAGAUUUAAGUUUUUGUUGUUAUUACAUAUUGUUUUAGUUACGAAUAAAUAAAAAACGGCAAGGAUCGUUGAGUUUAGAAGUCAAGAAGAUGAUCUUUCAAUGCAUCCAACAAGGCGACCUCAUGUGUAACAUCGCAGAAGAUUUUUCAAUAUAUAAGGCUAUCGUUUCGUCUUAAAUGCUUCUAAAUGUGCUCAUUCUGUUUAAAAUAUAAAGUUUGUGAAUGCCAGGGCAAAACACAAUUUUUUUGCCUAUUGAAGAUGGAAUCUACAUGUAUUGAUAUAUGCCUUGGGUCAUUACCUUGUUGAAAAAAUUCACAUCAUUGAAAUUUUUAUGUUGUCAAACAGGAGUAAAAGCUUCUCAGUACUGUCAGUGUAAUUUCCACUAUCCAUCCAACCAGCAAUAAAGACUAACGGACCGAUUUGAGACUAGGUAAAGCACCCCCAUACCAUGAUACUGCUCCCUUGAUGUUUCAUGCUUGGUGCCUGGUGCUUUGGGGCAAAUCCUGUCCCUUUUUUUCGUCUUACAUACACUUUACCUUGAUAUCCAAAUAAACCAAACCUGCUUUUGUCGGUCCAUGAGCCUUUAUCCCACUUCUUUAUAGACCACUUCUUAUGUUCACCUACCUAUUUCAAUCGGAUCGUCCGGUUCUUCUUCCUGGUCAACGGUUGUUUUGCCGGACCACGUCCAUUGAGCUUGCCUUCGAUUAGUCUUCUUGCUACAGUUCGAUCAGGUACUUUACAGUUGUGAAACUACACUAUUUUAGCGUUUAUUCUGGGUGCAGCCUUUAUCGGGUCUUUCCGAGACAACAUUGCAAUCAACUUAUCCUGAAAUUUGGUCGAUUUUCUUGUUCAUCCAUUUCUUAAAAAGUUUUAUGGAUGCCAUUCUUCUUAUACCGCGUCCAAAUUAAAGAAAUUUUAGUUCUGUUUAUCGAAAAAUCUUCUGCGAUGUUACACAUGAGGUCGCCUUGUUGGAUGCAUUGAAAGAUCAUCUUCUUGACUUCUAAACUCAACGAUCCUUGCCGUUUUUUAUUUAUUCGUAACUAAAACAAUAUGUAAUAACAACAAAAACUUAAAUCUUACCUUUAUAAUGAAGUUUGACAAAAGAUUUAAAAAAGUUGCCUGUUUUUUGUCCACCUUUUAUUUUUUGAUUCUAUAUAACAUGUCACGCUGACAUAUUUUAUGUAAUUUGUCAUUUUUGUAUAAUUUUAGGUAUCAAAGCAAUCAUAAUAAACUUUGUUUCAUAACAAUUGAAUAACUAAUAAAAAAGUUAUACUCAAAAUAAAAAAGUUGCCUGUUUUUUGUCAACGGCUGUAUAUGAAAUGAGCCGAGCUUGAGCAAACUAGAAAACGAGCAGUGCCUAAAUUUUUUUUAAAAGUACAUUAUUUUAAAAAUUAAAAAAAAAUUUAACUUUUGUAAAUAUGUUUGUGUUUUCUGGGUUUCACAGCUAAUAAAUGGUCUAACAAGGAAAGUGCCCAACCUGCAACUCUCAAAAUUAGUUCAAAAUUUUAAUACGGAUUCUUUGUUGUACCAGUAGCACAUAUAAAAAAAAUAUUAGUUUGGAGUUUUAAGUUAUAGAAAUUUAAUUUAAAAUACAUUUAAAUUUUCCGCAAAUUUGGCAAGUUUGGCAUUGUGUUGCAAGCACUUUUUUUGAUGUUCCAGAUAAUAUAGGCUUACAAAUUUAAAAUUGCAGGUUCAUUUGAAACUUCUCUAUCAUUAUAUUAAAUAAAAAUAGUUAAAAGCGAAAAAAUAAGAAAAUUAAAAGCUUGAAACACUAUGCCAAUUUGGCGGGAAAUGAAUUUUGCAUAUGAUCUUACAUUUACAUGAUCUUUCAAUAAAAAAGUUUAACGAAUAUUGCAGAUCGGGUAUCUUCCUUGUAAAUAUACAAUACCGCAGACCACAUGUUUAAUAAAUUAUUGAACUUUUUUAUCUUUUACUUUGAGAAACUUUUUUAUCUCUUUUUAAGGUCCAUACAAUCACAUAUUUACAUAUUCAACGUGGUCUGAUUCGACGGUUGGGAUUGUGCUUUUAGUGGCUGCAAUUAUUAUACUAGGCCUUUGUUUGACAGCGUUAGUUCAAAUAAUUCAGUCAUUAUUAGCUGGAAAAGCGGCAAUUUGGGUCCGAAAGUUAUUAGAAAAAAAAAUUCCGCCUCCGUUUCGAUGGCUCACUGGUUACUUUGUUAUGGUUGUAGCAGCUUUUGUAGUAGUUAUUGUGCAAUCAAGUAGUGUGUUUCGGUCGGCUUUAACACCACUGGUAGGUGUUGGAGUCAUACCAUUGAAGCGACUAUAUCCAUUGUUAUUGGGCGCUAAUGUUGGUACGACUUCUACCGGUGUGCUGGCUGCUCUGUCGGCAGAUCCCUCUCAGUUGCAAGAGUAAGUUUCCUAUAUGUGAAUGCAUGACUUUUACUUUUUUAUUAUAAAACGAGUAUUUGGGUUUAUCAAAUAUAUGUUGCAGGACACUUCAAAUUGCUUUGUGUCAAACGUUGUACAACUUGCUCGGUGUGUUAUUCUUUUAUCCCAUACCUUUCUUAAAAAAAAUCCCAUUAACUCUUUGUAUGAAGCUUGGCGAUAUUACUGCUCGAGUAAGUUUGUUUAAAGUAUAUAACUUGCUUUGUGUAAAGCAUUUUAAAAUUCAAAUAAAUUAUUUUAAAAUUUUUAGUACCGUUGGUUUGCAUUGGGUUACAUACUUAA